GUCGCAUUCGCAGAUAAGUUGUAUAUGGGUCCAGGGCAGCUUUACCAGGACCUACAGAACCUGGUCCAUGACCUGGGUUUGGUGAACCAGAUCUCCACUAUGAUCAGCAGUCUGAAGGGGAAUUAUCAGAAUGUUAAUGGGACAGUUGCUCAGGAUUGGGUUUCAGGUCUCCAGCGCCUGAUUUUUAAAAAAGAGGAGGAGAUUCGGGCGGCUGAUCGCUGUAGGAUACAACUACAGUUACCAGGGAAACAAGACAAGUAUGGGAGACCCAUGUUCUUCACUGCAGUCUUCAACACUUUGAGUCCAUCUAUCAAGCAAGCUUGGAUCAGUAAAAUGCAGAUGGCUAAAUUGGCUCUACAGGAAGACAACAUCCAAGGCUGGUUUUGUGCUGAGGAUGAUGGUAAACAAAUGAGGAAGCAAAACCAUCCUCUCUUACUCAAGCAGAUGGCUGUGGUCAUGUCAAAACUGCAGGAGUUCAAGGUGGAGUGUGCAGUUCACAACCCUGAGCCUCAUGUGAACACCGACAGCACUGCAGAUCUGCCUGUUAUGGGUCACGGAUGUGUAUGGGUGGCCAGCUGCACCAAUCACAUGGGUCAGGUCUCCAUUGUGGCACUGCAGAACUCAAAUCCCAAAGUAACUGAGUGUUUUAAUGUGGAGUCGCGUAUUCUCUGCAUGACGUAUGUGCCUCUGGAUGAGCCCUUGGAAAACGUUGAGAUUAAGCCUGAGGUCCGGAAAGCCAGUGACACACCGACUGUGUGUCUGGGAAUGGAGGAAGGCAGUAUAUCUGUGUAUAAGAGCAGCCAACGGUCUAAGAAGGUUCGCUUGCAGCACUUCUUCUCCCCUGAUAAGUCCAGUGUCACAUGUCUGGUGUACAAGAGUGGGUGUCUGUAUGCAGGCUUGGUCAGCGGUUCUCUGGUCGUCUACUCCAGAGCUGAUGACGGUUCCUGGGUCGAGUCGGGCGCCCGUCUGCUGAAGUUGGGGGUGUUGCCAGUUAAAGCCCUGCUGGUGGUGGGUGAAAACGUCUGGGCCUCAUCAGGAGGGCAGAUCUUCAUCAUCAGCACACAGACACACACUGUGGAGCGUCAGUUUGAAGCCCAUCAGGAAGAGGGAAUGGUCGUGUCCCACAUGGUGGUGGCCGGUGUCGGGAUCUGGAUAUCCUUCAGCACCGGCUCCACCCUCCGUCUCUUCCACACAGAGACUCUCGACCACCUGCAAGACAUCAAUAUCGCCACAGCUGUCAACAACAUACUCCCAGGACAGCAGAGAGUCUCUGUGAGCAGUCUGUUAGUGUGUCACGGACUGCUGUUGGUGGGGACCAAUCUUGGGGUCACAGUGGCCCUGUCCAUCCCCAGACUGCAGGGCAUCCCAAAAGUCACAGGUCGAGGAAUGGUCUCUUUUCAUGCUCACCAUGGCCCAGUCAAGUUCCUCACGAUGGCAACAGCAGUGUGUAAUGUCUCCCAAGCAACCAUGGCAACUCUCACCUCCAACACACCCAGCCAAUGCCAGCCUGGGGCCCCCGAGGUGGAGGGAUCCCAACUGGACGAGAACUGCUCUGGGGUGGGGUGCAACAGUACCAGCUCUCCCUCACAUGCUCCAGUUCUCCAGGACUCCCUGUCCUCUUCAUGUGGGUCUCUGGCUCUGUCUCAGGGCUCUUUAGAGCAUGGCCCAGAGGACGGGGCGAUAUACGACCUGCUGAACGAGCCGGUGCACUUCCAGAAGGCCAAGCAGACUGAAAAAGUAAAUGUUAGCUCAUUGUUGGUGGUGUCUGGAGGACUGGGACAUUGCAGAAUAAACAGAAAAACAAAACAGUCUAAGCACGAGGAGAUGGUGGCCACUAUUAUGGUGUGGCAAAUACCACUGCCCAGCCUUGAAAAAAGAUAAAGAUGGAGGUAUUCAGAGAACGGUGAGGAUCAGGUUUUAGUUCGGAUGCAGCUGCACAAACACCAGUAUCCUUCGUGCUUUUGUUUCUUUUAGUCAUCUAAUUGAUGCUUUUACUGUAUGUCUUCAUUAUAGACCAUUACACGUCAGAGAGAGCAGUUCCUUAGACUAACAUUACAUUCAGUCAUGGGCUGAUGGGGGGAAAAAGAUUAAAGAAUGAGGGGGGGGGGGGAGAAUGUGUUCCAGGAAUGAGCUGAACUACCAAGUACUCGGUCAAGCAUCACGGAAAUGUGUUUUACCACUUUCACCUGAAUUAAAAAGUGCAUUUGUGAAAAUGUCAGUACCACUGCAGUGUGAUAAUAUUCAGGUCUAAUUGUGGUAAUAUAACAUUUUUAACUGCUACAUAAUUACAUUUCAUUCAAUGUCAGUUGUUUUCUGUAAAGAACAUUUCAUGAAAGGAAAUGUCAAAAUGUUUGCUUCAAGGAAUGGUUGUUCUUUUUAAAAGAGGUUUUAAAACGUUGGUUGAAUCCGGGCCCAUCUUUGGUUCAUGGGCUUUAGAUUGGCCUCUGUGAUCAGCUUCAACCUGGGACUGAAUGACUUGUAUGGGGUUCUCUGGCGGGCCAGAGAUUUUGUUUGGGUCCUAAAGUGAAGUUGGUGUUCUGUGUUACAAGUUCAAGAAAAAUGGCAUUCCUCCAUAACUCUAAUUUAAAAUGAACGCUUAUCAAUAUUUAAAGGUAUGGAAACAAGCUUUAUAAUGAUAAAUUGUGAUCUGUAUUUCUGACUUGUAUAUUAACAAAUAUAUGCCACUGUUUUAACCAGCAUUCUUUGUAUAUCUGUGCAUGUGUGAUAGAAAACCAAGUGUGAUUUUGUUUGUUUUGUUUUUACCUGUCCCUUUUUAUUUUCGGUCCCUUUUUAGUUUCUUUUUCCUUUUGAUGGACUAUAACUGCCAGCUCAUACAUAGGGGAAUGUCCUAAAAAGAAAAUCGCAUUUGAUUUUAGUAACAGAGGUUGAAUGGAUUUCUGUAAAAUGCACUUUACCAACAGCAACACUGAUUUAUGGUAAAAUUGACAUGGGCAUGGAUGGAAGAAAGGAAAGAAACCUAAUUAAAAAAUGAAAAUGUG